UAGCGACAUGUGAGGGGAAGACGAUUUUCGUUUGACUCAGGGGAUCUUUUUGAAAGUGUUUACCGGAUCACCAAUACACAAUCAUGGAAUUCUACGUCGGAUUGAAUUUUUUACCUGCCAUGUUUGUUUCAAAGAUUGAUUGCACGGAGAAUCUUGACUCAUUUUACACGUAACAGAUCUGUUUUAUUCAUUAUUGCCGAAUGUUUAUUUGGUUUUUUUGGCCUCCCACAUGUGUGUGUAUAUAUAUAUAUAUAAAUAUAUAUGAAUAUAAACAGGCAAUACAAACACACGGAUUGAUGUGUAAGUCACUGGGGAAUAUUUUUGCGAGUCGGAUAUGUCAUCGAUAUAUCAUCAUGUGAUCGGCAAUGGUACAGUUGUCUAUUAUAAAUGACAUUUACCUGUUCAAAAGAAGUCACAUUCCUGGCCUCCGAACAUGAUAUACGACUACAGCUUUACCUGACGAGGCAGGAAUUGUAUAAUGACUUCUAAACAAAUGUGGAAUUUUUUCGGAUUUUGACAUAUCCGACAUGGAGUUUGGAACAUAUAUCCAAUGACAGAUCAAAAAUAUUUGUAAAAAACAAUGAAAGAAGUAUAUUCUGAAUAGUCUGUUUCUCUCGCCAGAGGAAUAAACGUGUGCUAGCUGGGCUCUUGGAUUUUUAACAUCAUGCAUCAUUGAUGUCAAUGUUAAAAUAUUUAGAUUGGAAAAAAGUUCAAAUUCAAAUGAAAAUAAUGAAUUGUUUUUGAAGAUGAAUAGAGUGUGUUUGUCAGAAUAUUGAGAUACUGAGGGGAGUUUUGGAAUUACGGAAACUCAUCCACUAUGAUAAUGGAAAUUCAUAAAUUCGCGAAAAGUGUCCUGGGACAGAGGAAAACGAAAAUGCAAGAUUUGCAGCGAGCUGGAUCGUGGAAGGCGAAGAAGGACGGCGAACAUCUGAUGCUGGCACGCUGUCGUAGCCAGGGAUUUAAUGGAUUAUCUACAGAAAAUGAGGAGAAUGAUAAAGAAUAUCAACCCACACCCUCAUUCCAAAUUCUACCCAACCUCCCACCAAUGAGACCACGGUCUGCGUGGAAUUUCGAUGAUGACACAGACUCCACGGCUUCCUCCGAAACGAUGACCAGUGGUGCUUCAGAGGAAGGUGCGAGUCACCAACGUCCCUCUAGUCAGCUGUUCUACACCACGCCCCCUAAAGCUAACAUGGUGCGGAAUCAAGAUGAAAAGAGACUAGAAAGUUCGGGUGGACUUUACAAGAUCGGGCGACGCCUGAGUCAGAAGGACAAAGGGAAGGAUAACCUGUGGCAGCAGAGACAACGCUCGGUCAGUCUGGACUGUGGCGAUGGAAGGAAAAUCAAGAUAUUUAUGAGCGAAAAUGAAAAUACAGGUGUAGCAGACGUCCAAUCUCUCUUGCCCACAUCCCCCGGGCUUCCAGCUCACCUGCUCAACUUCGGUGCAAUGAACACGCCAAACAGACCGAAAACACUCACAGUUGCGACACCGAAGAAAAGGGGAUCCACAAGUAGCGAAGCAGACGUCAUAACACCGAACCGACUUUAUGACAAGAAGAAGACCGACAGGGAAAGGAGGGGAUCUCCUGAGAGUCAAGCUCUGUUUGAUGCAGUGGAACAGCAGAAUAUAGACCUGGCAAAAACGGUGUUGGAUGUUGGCGGGCUACAUAUCAACAGUACGAACAGUGAGGGGUUAACUCCCCUUGAUGUGGCGGUUAUGACCAACAACAUCCCCAUGGCUAAGAUGCUGCUGUUACAUGGGGCUCGGGAAAGUCCACUCUUCCAGAAGUAUGUCAACAGUCGGUCAGACAGACUGGAUGCUCUCGUUUCUGAAGCAGAGAAGAGGGUCGUCGACUUGUCCGCCAUUAUACUCAACACUUCCACCAACAACGGAUACGUAUCAAACACACAACAGAAGGAGAAUGAACGACAGCUAAACCACUGGGAAUUCCGACACAAACUGCUGAAGAGGAUGAAGGCCGGAUAUGACCAUGCCCGCGUGCCCGACCCCCCAAGUUGUGUGAGCCUCUCUGUGGCCAGUAGCUCCUCCCUGCAAGUCCGAUUUGACGAGCCCCUGAAUCACAAUGGCGCCGUCGUCACAAAGUAUAAAGUUGAAUGGAGUUGCUUUGAAGACUUCAUGCCGCUGGCGGGGGAUCAGAUCGUCGAGGACAUGCGCCACCUAGAGUACGAGGUACCCAGUCUGGUGAAGGGAAACAAGUACUACAUAAGGGUGUCCGCCUGGAACAUGAAGGGUUACAGCCCCUUCACUCCCACCAAACCUACGUAUGCCGUGCCAUCAUCUUGGAGAGAUGUUGAGGGAUCAAUGGCGUCAAGAACUGACGGAAAAUUAGAACACUUGGCAGGAAUCUUUUCGAAUGUCAAACAACACCGACCUGCAGAUGCUUCAGAAUUAAAAGAAAGUUCUGGUGGCGAUUCUCCUCAACAGCGCAAGAGGAAGAGUAUAAAAAACCUGUUUACUUCCGCACCAAAAUUUCAAAAGGCAUUAAAAAGAGGGGUGUAUAUGGCUUGUCUACUGUAUAGUGGGGACAAGGUUUUUGUAACAUCUGACGACCAGCUACCAGUCAUGGAGGUUGACGAGAACUUUGCUGGACCUGCUGUCUAUAACGACCUCCAUUGGUUAAUGAAGAUUUCCUGUAAUUGGGAUGAUGUGAAAUCCUUUCGUCAAGACAUGGAUAAGAACACGAGUGCAGGCACCAUGCAUUUUCGUAACAAACUCUUACAGGCUAUAUCAGUGUUACAGAGUGCUCUUGGUGUAAACGACCUUGGUCAGUUUCACCACAAACCCCUGAAGGACAUCAACGGUAGCAUAAUACUGACCACUGUCAGCGACGUCAAGGAAAUGAAGUCUGUCUGUCUCAGUUCCGGAAAGUGGGUCAACUCCGCAAAGUUGUUAAGGCGUACUUCCACGCCCAACUCUGGAGGGUCAAGUACUGAUUCCACAGACUCUAUGGAUAUUCUAGUCAACUCCUUGUCUGAGAUGGUGGUGUACCACCAGACCAGUACCGUACCACUGGCGAAGGGUCUGUACCUUGGUUACCUCAAAGUUCAGGUGUCAGUGGAACUUAUCCAGCUUCUCGUACCAAGCAAGGCCCCCAAUAAUCUUCCAAACGUCAAGCUUCGCAACUGUCCCAACAUAUCCAAAGAAGAAUGGGAAUGGUUACAGGAUGUUAGUUCUGGGAGGCAGACCACAGCAAAACCUCAUUUUCAGAAAGAGCUGAUGAACGGUUCAGAAAGGCUCUUUGACAUGUUAGAUAUUCCGGAAAACCUUGCGAAAAUGCAUCGUAUUUACGAUCUGGAGGUCGUGGAGGUGAGCAGUGACGUUACGUUUCUAUUGCUGCUGCCCCCUAUAGAGAAUGUGUGCAUUGUACCGGGACAGGCAGACGACCUCGCCUUAAAGAGAGACUUUAUGCUUCUGCCUGUCAAAGUGUUUGAAACAAUCCACCUGAACACGUACCAGACUCGACUCCUGAGUAAAUACUCACGACUCUCUUCCCUACUCGAGAUGGACCUCGCCCUGGCACAGCAAGCCCAAAGAGAGGCCUUUUCUUCCGGGGAGCUGAGUUCUGCAAAGUCACGAGUAGAUAAACUUAACACACUACAGCAGCAUUUAGACUCUGCCUGGAAAAGUACACGAUGGGUGAUGGACAUUAUUACGUACGCUCGCGACAAAUCUGUGCACGGCGGAACACCCGUUAGUCUGAUUAUGUCCACUGACAAGGAAACAGACACGCCAAACUUCCACGGAAAAUCAAAUAGAAAAAUUCUGGAUAAUAACAAUUCCCAGCCAAGCUGUGGGUCAACAGCGUGUGAUUCGAAUGAAAUAAGUGUCGGAAAAGACAAUCGAAAGAUUGCAAAGUUUUACGAUCCAACUGAGGAGGUUCAACGAACAAAUGGACACAUACAAAAGGGGAGAGAAAGUACGCCAACGGAGAGUAAAUCUCCAGUGUCAAACCCGCCGGAUUCAUCGACAAAUAGUUCAGGAAUACUUGAAGUGUAUGCCGCCUACGAGACAGGACUCUCAAAGGGCACAAGAGUGCGGUUACAUGUCACUUCGAGAACGACAGCAAGAGAGGUCGUCCAUCUUGUCGUGAAACAUCUCAACAAGGCCCUGGUGAUGAAGGGCAAGUCGGGGCCUACCUACUCCGAAGACAAAAUAGUAGACUUCUGUCUUGUGGCUGUGAUUGGUGCAAGGGAGAGAAUUCUCCGCGAUGACUAUCAGCCACUCCGGCUACAAAAUCCAUGGACUAAGGGCAGAUUAUUUGUGCGGUCGAAAAAUAAUCUUUUAGCAGCAAUUCAGCAAGGUCAUGCUACAGAAGUGUGAUUGUAGAAGAGCUGUAGAUAGGGGCUUGCAUUAAACACAAUUCUUACAGCGACAGCCAAUCUUACUGUUACUUACCACUGCCUUCUAUUCCCCCAAUUUCUUGAUUUCUAGAAAAGCUAAACUUUAAUUACUACGGUCUAUUAAGUUUUUACCCCUGGAUAUUUCAACUCAAUUUUACGUAGAAUUAAAUGUAUCCUUCUGAAUGUCUAACACGAAAACUUUUUACAUUCAAUUUUAUAUUUCUUAGUUAAGGGUGUAUGCUGUAUCUAACAAUGACAUGCAUCUCUUUUAAAAGAAUUCCACAUAAAACAGAAUUAACAGAAUUAACUGUAUUUUAAUAAUGAUAUUUUUUAUUAUUUCUUUGACAUCAAACUCAGAAAUAACUUAAUCAUGAAAUAUUGUUAAUCAAUUAUUCCAAGGGAGACAACACUCAUAAAAUAUUUAUAACUGUAAUGUAUUGUGUUUGAAGGAAAUUUGAAUAUCUCUUCAAGGACUUUUGAUAAUAGAUUAUUCAUUUAAUUCUACAUGAUUUCGGUAAGCCAGGGAUAUUCUUUUUUCAUAGUUAGAAAAUAAAUCAAUGAUAAAGACUGUGUUGUUUAUUAAGUGCUUGAAGGCAGUGGUGUUUCAACAAUUUGGAUUACGAUGUUGCUACAAUUUCCAAUUCUUGUAUCAUGGUAGGACACAGAAAGCAUAUUGUGAUAUUAAUUCAACGUCAGUCACGCCAUCGCAUUAAUAUAGUGUUAACAUAAUCGGUGACAAGUAAUUUAUUAAGGUUGAUUUUUAUUUAUUAAUUGCUUUCAUCAUUCCAUUAAUUGUGUAUUAUUAUUAACAAGCAUAACCAGGUCGUAGGACAAAAUCUAGUCUCAGUUUAAUAUUUUUUUACACAAACAAUCCUUCCAUUUUAAUUACCGUAUUCAAUAUAAUAAGUGCCCCCAUUAUAAACCCACUCUUAUAAUCCUUUUGUACUGGUUCAUGAGUUCUAUCUCUUUGUCAAAUUUUACCAAUUUACAUAAAAGUUAUCUGCUAACUUUUUUGAGAAAUUUGGAUGAUUCUAAAAUCGUUCUAAUUCUUCAAAAUUAGUUAAUACACAGGAGCAUUUAUUAGCUCAAAUACGGUCGAUUUGAUUUCUAAAGGAAUAGACUCAUAUGCCUUGAGCUGUUUUUCACCCUUACACCCUUAAAUUAUCUGAAAUAAAAAAAAAAAACUCAAAAUUACAUUUAACAUUAGAUACGAACUAAAAAUACAUUACUGAGUUACAAAAAUUAUCUAAACUUUAUUUUUGACAAUUUAAAAACUUUUCAUAAUUCCAACAAAUUUGGAAAAUUUACGAACAUUUUUGAGGCUGAAAUCUGCUGUUAUUGAGUCUACUCCUUUACGUUAACCGGUAAUUGAUGCAUAUUUGUAAUACAUAUUAUUGAUAAGUACUAAAUAUAUCAUUCCUGUUUCAUCAGUUUAAUAUACGGUAUUAAGGUAUAAGAAGCUAGUCAGUCAUACAACAAAACGUCCAUUUCUCACGAUCUUUAUGAAACUGUUGUACCAUUUAAAUGUUUCCGCUAAGUACUCAUAUUUACUGGUUAUUAAUGAUUUUUUACCAUUUUGAACAAAGAAAAAUCUAGUCCGAUUUUGCAUAUAUUUUAGGCAUUUAAUCAUAUGAAUAUUAUUAAAAAAUUGAAUUAUCAUUUACAUCAUUGUAUUUUUUGGAGGAAUUAUGUGGAAUAAUUCAUAAAAUACAUGAUAUUAGCAUUUCAGCCAUGUUAAGGUGGCUCGUCACAUGUACCAGAAUCAAGAUAAUGUUACAGAUAUUCACGGAACUAUUCUCGUGCUCAAAGUCAGAUUCUGUGCUCAAGCCCAAUUUCCUGUUUUAUUGAUCAAUUGUUAAAAAUUCACAUUCUUUCAAUGCUUGAGUUUAACUUUUUGACCAAGUCACAUGAUCGAAGCGAAUUACAAGAAAGAUGGUUUGAGCACAUGAGAGUCCAUGCUUGGGCAUAUGAGAAUGGUUUCAUGAAUACCAACCUUGCAGGUGUAUUUUCUAUAUAAGAAAUCGUCACUAAGUAUUAUCAAGUUUAGGUUCUGAUUUAAUUUUAUAAUUGCGACAUAUAAUGGAGUGUAUGAAAACUACUUGGGUCAAAUUUUAUAUUUUUGACCUUUGAUAAUAAAUUCUAUCUUAUUUUGAGAUUUGAAAAAUGAAAUGUUUAUAAUUAAGAAAGCACAGAAAUUAAGAACAAAAAAUCCUGAAAACAGUAUUUUACAGUGUCGAAUACCCUUAACUGCAUGCAUUUUCUGUACACUAUAGGCAUGAAGUUAUACUUAUCAUUGAAACAAAAUACAGAUUUCAUACUUAUUUCUAUCAAAACUCAAAUCAUUCACAAAACCCUGAAAGUGUUACAUUGCAUAGUUUAAAUUCAUAUCAUCCCGUUUCAAUUUGUAUCACAAUUUAACCCUUCCACCCCUAGGUAACUUUAGUAGACUCUACCAUACAUUUAUCUGGAUGAGUCCAUUAUGGUAUACAGUGGUGAAAGGGUUAGUGAGAGCAGUAAGAAUCACCUAAUCUUUAGCAGUUAAACUUUCCUAAUUCAUUAAAGCAAGCCCAUCAUUUAUGUUAUUGCCAUAUAUAGACUGUCCAACAUUUGUUGAUCAAACGUGAAAUAAAAGUGCAAUGGGUUUUUUUUCCUAAUAGGGACUGUUUAUACCUGUGUUUAACUGAAAUUUAACAUGUCAUCUUUUUGUGAAUAAUAUUUUUUAUAGAUUUGCCAUGCAACAAAACUAAAACCAUUUUUCUGUGUCUGUCUGACCGUCCGUAUAUCACUCAAAUAUCUGUCUGUUUGACAUGAAAUUGUCUGUCUGUUGGACACUGUUUGUCCAUCUGUCUGUCUGUCUUAGACUCGACUCAAAUACUUGUCUACCUUUUGCUCUGACGGUCUGUGUAUCUGAUUAAUAUCUGUCUGUCUAUUUGUCCUUUUUCUUUUCUUUAAAUCGGCUCACAGUACAAUUAUUAUCAGCAAUAGAAUCUUUCACUCCUGUGUGUUGAAGGAAUGGAAAUCUCAAUCCAAGAGAAAGAUACUUUUCUAAAGUUUAGCAUGAGACUUUGAUAACUGCUAAACUACAAAAAAUCUUAUCUACCAUUGAAAUAUCCCUGUUUGCAAUAACACAAGAGUGAUUGAUUAUUUUUCUCUGGAUCUUCCUCACCAUAAAAAUAGCUUGUUCUGGUGAACUCAUUGUACUUAACUGUUGAUAUGUGUGAUGAAAUUGAGGAUGGGAUUCUGGCUAAAUAGCUUGUGUGAGUUGUUUUUCUCUACACAGAGAAAGACUUUUUUUUUUAAUUUUCUAAGCUGAUGCUUGAUAAAUAAGCCUGCCAUUCAGUUUAACCAGUAAAAUUUCAUAUAAUUAUAGCCAACACAACUUUUAAAAACAUACACACAAUAUCUGAGGUAUGGGAAAACAAGAUUUAAGAACUUUUAUAAAUUGUCCUUGCUUAGUAGAUUCCAAUGAUGAAGAUUAUAUCUGAAAAAAACAAGGCAAUGGUGAAAUUUGAGAGAGAAAAAAGGAUAAACAAUUAAGAUUUUGUACCUUUUCAAAGGGAUAUAGGCCCUUAGGUGCCCCUCCCCGAUAUUGGCCCGAGUCUGUUUUCCGUUUUUUGAAUAGAAUCAAAUUCAUGAUACAGACAAACUGUUUUGUUAAAUUGUAACUUGUCUAUCAGCAAAUGUUCUGAAUUUUAGCCCUUCAACCCCUGUGUUGCUUUAGUAGACUCUACCAUUCAAUGAUCUGGAUGAGUCCAUUAUGGUCUACAGUGGUGAAAGGAUUAAAAAUAUUUCAAAAAGUUUCACUUUACGUUGAUUUAACUUCUGAUGCCUACAGCAGAUAUCUGUUUAUUUGUUAAAUGUUCAUAACAAUCGUUUAACUCAUUCAUCCCUGAAGACACAUUUGAACUUUUCCAAUUCAAAGGUUGGAUUAGUCCAUUAUGAAAUUUCAGGGGUAAAUGAGUUAACUGACCUUUAUUAGAAUAUUUUUCUAGAUAUUAUGUUUCAUUCUACACAGAAAUUAAAGUGCCAGCGAUGUGUGAGAGUGAUAAACAGUUAAUAUAGUUAAUAUGCAUGUAGAUGUUUUUUUCCAAAGGAAAAUUAUAUUAAAAAAGCAUUUGUAAUGCAUGUUCCAGUUUUCAUAAUUUCAUGUCAUGAAUAAAAAUAAUUCCUGAAAACAU